AUGACUUUUGGAGUAACAAUUAGACGAUCCAAUCCUUCAUGGUUUAAAGAGUUCAGUAGUUGGUUGGAGUAUAGUGUAGAGAAGGAUGCUGCUUAUUGUUUGUAUUGUUAUCUUUUCAGAACAAGUUCUGGAAAGCAAGGGCACUCAUUUCGAGGUCAUGAUGAAUCUGAGGAUUCUCUCAAUCCAGUUGAUGAAUCCCAUGAUGUGUCAAUAAAGGAACAAAUGUCUAUUGUUUUAUAUUAUGUAGACAAUAGUGGGCAUGUCGAUGAACACUUCAUAAGGAUUGAACAUGUUACAUGUACCACGGCUCUAUCACUCAAGGCUGCAAUUGAUAAGGUAUUUUCUAGAUAUAACCUGAGCAUGUCUAGAUUGAGAGGACAAGGUUAUGAUGGAGCAAGUAAUAUGCAAGAUGUACUUGCAUUGAUUGUUGAAGAUGAAUCUUGUUCUUGUGAUCAAAGAUCUGAUGCAACAAAUUUAUUGGAGUCGAUACAAAAAUUUGAUUUUGCAUUUAAUCUACAGUUGAUGAGAAAUGUCUUGGAGAUGUCAAAUGAACUGUCAAAGGCAUUGCAAAGGAAAUAUCAAGAUAUUGUGAAUGCAAUGCAAUUGCGUAAUUCUCCAGAAAUUACAAAUUUACAUCAUUACCAAGUAGAUUUGUUCUACUCUGUCAUCGAUUUACAACUUCAAGAAUUGAAUGAUCGUUUCUCGAAGGUAAAUACAGAAUUUCUCUGCAGUAGAUGUCAUUUACUUAACGAUCAACUUGAGACUUAUAUUUUUAAUAUGCACUCUAACAAAGAGUUUGAAGGGUUGAAUGACCUUGGUGAUCUUGCGGAGAAGUUAGUUCCGACAAAGAAAGAUAAGGUAUAUCCAUUGGUUUACAGACUUUUGACUUUAGCAUUGAUUUUACCGAUUGCUACUGCUACUGUGGAGAGAGUCUUUUCUGUAAUGAGUAUCGUAAAGGAUAGAUUGUGCAAUCGGAUGGGUGAUCAGUGA